UCCACAUCACAAUAAGGCAGAGAGAACUAGCUUCAUCUACUCAAGAGUUACACACAGACAUGGCAGCUUUGAGCUGCCAAUUUCACUCUGCGCUGUACAGAGAGAGACUCUGUGGAAAAACCGGACCUUCCAUCUCUUGUUCGGCUCAACCAUCUCAGCCGAACAUCAAGGUGGUCAUCAAUGGAGCAGCCAAGGAGAUUGGACGAGCAGCAGUAAUUGCAGUGACCAAGGCCAGAGGAAUGGAGGUGGCUGGUGCUGUUGACUCCCAUUUUGUGGGUGAAGAUGUUGGAAAGUUGUGUGACAUGGAACCUCUGGAGAUACCCAUAAUCAGUGACCUCACUAUGGUAUUGGGCUCCAUAUCUCAGGCGAAGGAAACCGGAGUGGUGGUUGACUUCACCGACCCUUCCACAGUUUAUGACAAUGUGAAACAGGCCAUCGCAUUCGGAAUGAGAAGUGUGGUAUAUGUGCCUCGGAUAAAACUGGAUACUGUGACGGCACUAUCUGCAUUCUGCGAGAAGGCCAGCAUGGGAUGCCUAGUUGCCCCAACUCUCUCAAUCGGGUCCAUUCUCCUCCAGCAGGCGGCGAUUUCUGCUUCUUUCCACUACAACAAUGUGGAGAUUGUCGAGUCAAGGGCCAAUGCAAGGGAUCUACCAUCAGCAGAUGCGGUCCAGAUAGUGAACAACCUCUCAAAUCUUGGUCAGAUGUACAACAGAGAAGAUAUGGGGACAGAUGUUGCGGCGAGGGGCCAAGUCUUGGGAGAGGACGGGGUCCGCGUGCAUAGUAUGGUGCUUCCAGGCCUUCCCUCCAGUACAACAGUCUAUUUUUCUGGUCCUGGAGAGAUCUACUCGAUCAAGCAUGACGUCACUGACGUCCAGAGCCUCAUGCCAGGCUUGAUCUUGGCCAUAAGGAAGGUCGUGCGCCUCAAGAAUCUGAUUUAUGGGCUGGAGAAGUUUUUGUGAAGCCAAAACGUUUAGGCAGUCUUCGGCCAGGAUCAUCCGGCUUCAACCAUUGAUUCUACAGCAGAGGAUCGAUGAAUCAAUGCGAUCAACUUGAUUUUUUCUUAUGGUUACUUGUUUUUGCUUUGUAGUUUUGUGUACCCUUUAUCACAUUCAUAGACUUACUCUCCCUGCCAUAUAGCAGAUGCAUGAUUGGAUUCUAU